GGGGCUUCCACUACUAAGUAAAAAAAAAAGUCACCGAAAAUUUACCAAUUAUACCCGAUUAAAGGUCGAACGUCACUUAUCGAAACACAGUAGAAAGUGAGAAACAAAAGCACUAUUCCCAGUGCUCGCUCGCGUAACACUGGCCUUAAUUCAGACGAAUUAGUAGCGAGAGAUCUAUUUCAGGCGUGAGACUAUCGUUGCAACGCUUCGAUUAAGCUAGUAGAGGUUUCUUUAGAGUGAGCUUUGAAGACUGAUUAACUGUGUUAAUGUUGAUGGGAAAGUAGGUGCUCCUUGAAUUACAGCACCGGUGAAUAAUGCUUUAGAUUGCUGCGAUAAAUCUAUCAACCGAUCGAACCGACGUCCCUAAACCUUUUCGAGAUCUUGAAAAUAAAAAGGCGGCUUGCCAGUUUUCGCGCCAAAAGUGAGAUGGUUUCCCGUACUGACUACUGAAAAAACAUCGUUCGUCCACUCAGACGCCGCUAUAAACUAUGUUUUUCACUAGUGACAGUUCACCGUUCGCGUCGCUGAUUGGCUGUGACGAAAAACAGAACGAUUUUUUCAUCACCUUCAUUCUGUGAGUAAAUCUCAGUUCUUAUAUCAUAAAGAGAGAGAAUCAUACGGUUCAGUCUCUAGCCGCGCGAUCAAUAGUUCGUAAAUUCCUCAAACGGCUCUGUAUGGACCAAGCCUGAAAGAGUAUCAAUGGUUUUUUGCGAGCUUUACGCCUAGCUACGACCAGUUAAAGAUUUAAUUCUACACAGAAACCGAAAAAGUCAUUCUUAAAAACUGAUUUUACUUUCUCUCUGACAUGAUUUGUAUAUCAAAAAGAGCAAUCAAUUUUCAUGCUUAAGGCAUAUGCAUAUCCUAGUACCACAAAGAUAGGCCAGUGAUGACCAUGGAUCCCGUUCUCUCAUGUUACAUAUGGUACUUACCUUGGGUGUGAGUACAACGAAAGCAAAUGGAAUCACUUCUCACUAUAGCGGACAACCCCGAACCGUGACUUCGUCAUAAAUAUGCGGCACCGAAGAAGGACGAAAAAGCUAACCCUUUUUAAGUAAAUUACUUUAAGGUUUAAACGUGAAGCUUUUUAAAGUGUAAAAUAAUUAUAAUUUACUUUUACUGGUAUCACUUGUAAUAAUAAUAAUAAUAAUAAUAAUAAUAAUAAUAAUAAUAAUAAUAAUAAUAAUAAUAAUAAUAAUAAUAAUUAAAAUUUGUAACGCGCUAGUUUCCGGUGUAUAAAUAUUAUCACGUUUGCGGUUUCUGAAUUUGAUAGUAAAAAUUAUUAACAAAAUGGUGCGGUAAAAAACUCAUAUUUCUGUUUUUAAUUGUCCUGCCCUUUUGUCCCUGCUGACGCCAUAUAUUAUAGCCAUAGCAACCAACAACCAUCACAUUUUGCGUAAAAUGUGUACAUUAAGAGUACAGGGGAACCCUGUUAAUCUAUUACCUGCGAUAAGAAUAGUUAAAAAGUAAUGCUAAAUAAAUUCCCCUCUGGAUUAUUUUCUCUCAAAAACGUAACCAUUUCCAUCAUAGGUCUCUCUAAGGAACCUCUCGAGAAAAGCUUUCUUGCAAGUGGAUGAACAGUCUGGAUUUAAUCGGCUGCAGGCUGCUGUCUUUGAGGGAGAAUAUGACAUUGUUUUAAAAGCUGCUGGCCUUUUGGACAACUUUGUAAAAGAGAUGGAACUUACAAAAACGGGAAAUAACGCCAAAAACUUUCCAGGAAAAACCGCAUUUGACAUCUUAUCACUUAUAAAGAGAAGAAAUUUUAAUCAUUAUCCUAUCAAAGAGUUUUAUGAAGAGUGUGCUGAGGACAACAGUAGACUGACUGAGCCGCAGUGGGGUACAUGCAAUGAUGAUGCGGAACAGGCUGUUGAACUUGUAUUAAAUGAUGAUGUUGAUAUUAAUGCCCGAGCAUCAGACCUGGAUUACACAGCUUUAUUGUGGGCGAGUCGUUCAUCCUCAAGUCAAUUCAUUGAGACCAUCAUUGAUCUUGGGGCCGACGUUAAUGCCCAGAAAAUAGAAGGCAAAUAUACUAAACCAAAGUUAGAAGUUGAUGGGAGAAACUUACGAACGCCACUAAUGUUAGCAACUGAUUGGAACAACUACAUGGCUGUGUGCUUGCUUUUAAGACAUGGGGCUGGUGUAAACGUUCUGGGACGUUCUGGUUCCACACCUUUGCACUUAGCAGUCAAAAAGAAUCACAAAAGUCUGGUCAGAUUAUUACUUGCAUACAAAGCGGAUGUAAAUAUUCAAGAUUAUGGUGGCAAAACCCCGCUACUCGAGUCAGUGAUAAAAGGUGACGAAAACCUGGUGAGAUUAUUCCUUGAACACAAAGCGGAUGUAAAUAUUCAAGAUUAUGGUGACCAAACCCCGCUACACGAGUCAGUGAUAAAAGGUGACGAAAACCUGGUGAGAUUAUUCCUUGAACACAAAGCGGAUGUAAAUAUUCGAGGUCAAGGUGGCACCCCGCUACACGAGUCAGUCAGAAAGGGUGACGAAAACCUGGUGAGAUUAUUCCUUAAACACAAAGCGGAUGCAAAUAUUCAAGAUAAAGAUGGCAAAACCCCGCUACUCGAGUCAGUGAUAGGAGGUGACGAAAACCUGGUGAGAUUAUUCCUUGAACACAAAGCGGAUGUAAAUAUUCAAGAUUAUGGUGGCAAAAGCCCGCUACUCGAGUCAGUGAUAAAAGGUGACGAAAACCUGGUGAGAUUAUUCCUUGAACACAAAGCGGAUGUAAAUAUUCGAGGUCAAGGUGGCACCCCGCUACACGAGUCAGUCAGAAAGGGUGACGAAAACCUGGUGAGAUUAUUCCUUGAACACAAAGCGGAUGUAAAUAUUCGAGGUCAAGGUGGCACCCCGCUACACGAGUCAGUCAGAAAGGGUGACGAAAACCUGGUGAGAUUAUUCCUUGAACACAAAGCGGAUGUAAAUAUUCAAGAUUAUCGUGGCAAAACCCCGCUACUCGAGUCAGUGAUAAAAGGUGACGAAAACCUGGUGAGAUUAUUCCUUGAACACAAAGCGGAUGUAAAUAUUCAAGAUUAUGGUGGCAAAAGCCCGCUACUCGAGUCAGUGAUAAAAGGUGACGAAAACCUGGUGAGAUUAUUCCUUGAACACAAAGCGGAUGUAAAUAUUCGAGGUCAAGGUGGCACCCCGCUACACGAGUCAGUCAGAAAGGGUGACGAAAACCUGGUGAGAUUAUUCCUUGAACACAAAGCGGAUGUAAAUAUUCGAGGUCAAGGUGGCACCCCGCUACACGAGUCAGUCAGAAAGGGUGACGAAAACGUGAUGAGAUUAUUCCUUGAACACAAAGCGGAUGUAAAUAUUCCAGAUUAUGGUGGCAAAACCCCGCUACACGAGUCAGUCAUAAAGGGUGACGAGAACCUCGUGAGAUUAUUCCUUGAACACAAAGCAGAUGUAAAUAUUCAAGAUUAUGGUGGCAAAACCCCGCUACUCGAGUCAGUCAUAAAGGGUGACGAAAACAUCGUGAGAUUAUUACUUGACCAUCACGUAGAUGUAAAUAUUCAGGACAAUCGUCGAGAAACACCACUACUUAGGUCUUUCGAAAUUGGCAACAAAAAGCUUGUCAGGUUGUUAGUUGAACACAACUCAAUUGUAAAUGUUCAAGAUAAAAAAGGAUCUACACCUUUGCACCAGUAUGUCAAGGAGGGUGACGAAAAUCUCGUUAGAUUAUUACUUGAACACAGCCCGGAUGCAAAUAUUCAGGAUAAUAAUGGAUAUACAGCCCUACACCAGGCAGUCAUUAAUGGUCACGUAAACUUCACUGGAUUGUUGCUUGAACACAAAGCGGAUGUAAAUAUUCAAAGUAAAUUUAGAUUCACGCCAUUGCACCUGUCAGCUCUUUCCAGUCACAAAGCUUGCAAUAAGAUAAUGGAUCUCCUGCUACAGUAUGGAGUGCAAAAUAUAGACAUCCGUGAUGUAGAAGGUAGAACUCCUCUUCAAAUGGCAGUGAGAUGUGGUAACGCGCAAGCUGUGCAAAAGCUUGUUGACCAUGGAGCUGAUGUUAGUGUUGUUCAAGCCGAUGAGACUGAUGCCCGAAGACUGAAACGCUUAAAGAAUGAAGCGAAGAUGAUGGAGCAAAAUCUUAAAGUUGAAAUGGGUUUUGCGCAAAAAGGUAACGAAACAAAACAAACAACAGGUGUCGCUUCUGUUCAAGGUGCUGAAAAACUCACAGAGUCUCAUCCCAAAUUAGAAAAGUACUGAUGCAAACCCCCUCGUCUACGUAUACAACAAAGGAAAUAGAGGAACAAGCGGAAGCUGAAGACACUGGCAGUGAGACACGCCAAAUAAAAGGCGAAUCUGCAAGAACAGAUAAAUGUGUAAUGGCCUAAAUAUUAAGAUUUUUCAGAGUUGUGUUUUGAGAAAGGCCCGGCUGUUUUGCCUUCAAUGUUAAUUUGAAGAUUGUAAAAUGGACGCUGUUACAAGAGUUUUAACCGACGUUUUGGCAAAGCUGCCUUCUCAGUGCCGUAGCAAGGGUAAUAUAAGUGGGGGACACGCGAGCGCCGGAGGCGCGAGCCGCUAGGGGGGGCUAGGGGCAUGCUCCCCCAGAAAAUUUUGAAAUCUAGAGGCUUGGAAAUGCUAUUUCCAGCGUUCUCCAAGAGCUUUUUGUGAUUUACGCAUAUCGCGAAUUAUUUACCUCGUACACUGUCUCAGCAAACCUGGUGAGAUUAUUCCUUGAACACAAAGCGGAUGUAAAUAUUCAAGAUUAUGGUGGCAAAAACCCGCUACUCGAGUCAGUGAUAAAAGGUGACGAAAACCUGGUGAGAUUAUUCCUUGAACACAAAGCGGAUGUAAAUAUUCGAGGUCAAGGUGGCACCCCGCUACACGAGUCAGUCAGAAAGGGUGACGAAAACGUGAUGAGAUUAUUCCUUGAACACAAAGCGGAUGUAAAUAUUCCAGAUUAUGGUGGCAAAACCCCGCUACACGAGUCAGUCAUAAAGGGUGACGAGAACCUCGUGAGAUUAUUCCUUGAACACAAAGCAGAUGUAAAUAUUCAAGAUUAUGGUGGCAAAACCCCGCUACUCGAGUCAGUCAUAAAGGGUGACGAAAACAUCGUGAGAUUAUUACUUGACCAUCACGUAGAUGUAAAUAUUCAGGACAAUCGUCGAGAAACACCACUACUUAGGUCUUUCGAAAUUGGCAACAAAAAGCUUUUCAGGUUGUUAGUUGAACACAACGCAAUUGUAAAUGUUCAAGAUAAAAAAGGAUCUACACCUUUGCACCAGUAUGUCAAGGAGGGUGACGAA